AUGCGUCAUGAGAGACAAAAGGGCAGGCACCUGCCGCAGAGGCCAGGAGUCAAGUGGGUCCCGGAGCUUCCAGAGCCCCGACAGUGCGACGUCAGGGACAGCUUCAAGGGCUCCCGCCCCCAGUUACCCCAACCGCCUCCCAUGCGUCAGCGGCAGCACUGGCGCACUGGCAGCUUUGACGACAAGCCUGGUGCAAGCGCUUGUGCCAAGUGCCUGGGUCGCACCUUCCCCAACACCCGCCAGCGCCUCGCACGCCACCAAACUUGCUUCUUUACGACCCGGCAUCCCCCCCAGCCAUUUGCCAGCCGCGCUUCUCCGCUGCGGCCGACAAGGCCCGCCCAGUAUCCCGAGAUGCGUCACCAGGUCGCAACACUUCUGGGAGCGGCGCCAGCCAUCAUCGCUGCUCUAGCCAGCGCGAAUGCUUCUCCCUUGACACCCAAACACGAAGCUGGUCGGUGCGCUUUCCGAGGCCAGUGUGGCAAGCAAAGUUUCUUCGGCAAGGAGCUGCCCUGUGUCGACAAUGAUGUGGCCAAAGAUCCCGAUGCAGAACUGCGAAAGGAGCUUGUUGACCUCUGUGGAGCCGAAUGGAACCAAGGACCAGUGUGUUGCACGCUGGAACAGGUUCAAUCUCUCAAGUCCGAACUCGGCACCCCCAACACACUCAUUGGAUCAUGUCCUGCCUGCAAACACAACUUCUUCAACAUGUUUUGCAAAUUCACAUGCUCGCCUGAUCAGUCCCUGUUUGUUAAUGUCACCGAUGCUGCCCCCAAGAACGGCAAGUUACUCGUGACUGAGCUCGACCAACUUAUAUCCGAGGAGUAUGGCACUGGCCUGUAUGAUAGUUGUAAGGAAGUCAAGUUUGGUGGCGCAAACAGCCGUGCCAUGGACUUGAUUGGAGGCGGUGCCAAAGAUUACCACCAAAUGCUCAAGUUCUUGGGUGACAAGAAACCGCUGGUCGGAUCACCCUUCCAAAUCAAUUACCCCGAAUCUUACGAGCAACCGAACAUGGGCCCGUUGGAUAUGACGUCAAAGAAGUGCAACGACGAAGAUCCUGACUACAGGUGCGUCUGCGUCGACUGUCCUGCCGUAUGUCCCGAGUUGCCGGCCGUGAGGAAGUCCGGAUCAUGUCAUGUGGGCGCUCUGCCUUGUCUCUCCUUUGCGUCCAUCUUCACCUAUUCCGUGCUUCUCUUUACCUUUGCCGCCUCCGUAUUUGGCCAUGUUGCCUGGAGACGCUAUGCGCAGCAUCGAGUGGAAAGAACAAGACUACUGCACGAGUCCUCUCACAGCGAUGAUGAAGAUGAAGGUGGGCCGGUUUUGACAGAGGCCAUGAGAGAUCGCCCUACGAAGCGGUACUGGAUCAAUGACAGGUGUGACGAUUUGUUCUACAGGCUCGGCCAUACUGCAUCCCGUUUCCCUGGCCUCACCAUCGGCACGAGUCUCUUGGUUGUGGCGAUCCUAAGCGCUGGAUGGUUCAAAUUUGACCUGGAAAAAGAGCCAGCAAGACUUUGGGUCAGUCCAUCUUCGCCAGCUGCCCAGGAAAAGGCAUACUUUGAUUCCCACUUUGGGCCCUUCUACCGCGCCGAAAAGAUCUUCCUGGUGAAUGACACGCAACCUAGUGGGCCGGGACCAGUGCUCAGCUAUGAAACUCUCAAAUGGUGGGCAGAGGUUGAAAAAAGCAUUGCGCAGCUAGAGAGCAAGACAUAUGCAAAGUUCCUCCACGAUGUUUGCUUCAAGCCGAUGAAUGAUGCCUGUGUCGUCCAGUCAGUUACUGGUUACUGGUUUGCCAAGGGUGGCGUGAUUAACCCCAAGACUUGGAAAGACGAUCUUCGCCAAUGCGCCAAAUCCCCUGUCGACUGCCGACCCGAAUUUGGCCAGCCUAUCGAGCCCAGCAUGGUAUUUGGGGGUUACGAAGAUGAUGUGACCGAGGCACAAGCGAUCACGGCUACUUGGGUCGUUCGGAAUGCAGAGGAAGGCAGCUUUGCCCAACUGGCGGCCGUUGAUUGGGAAAAUGCACUCCGAGACCGCUUGCUAGAGGCCCAAAAAGAAGCGCAAGACAGGGGCUUGCGAUUGUCCUUCAACACUGAAAUCAGUCUAGAGGAAGAACUGAACAAAUCAACGAAUACUGAUGCCAAGAUUGUAGUAGUCAGCUACAUUGUCAUGUUUAUAUACGCUUGCAUGGCGCUUGGCACACCCUUCAAGCAUAUAUUUAGAAAUCCGGCGCUAUUACUUGUUGAGUCAAAGGUAACACUCGGUUUGCUGGGAAUAAUCAUUGUCCUCAUGUCGAUCACGGCGUCGAUCGGCUUCUUCUCCUGGGUCGGGCUAAAGGCAACAUUGAUCAUCGUCGAGGUCAUUCCGUUCAUCGUUUUAGCCGUCGGUGUAGACAACAUCUUCCUCAUUGUCCACGAGCUUGAAAGAGUCAAUAUGAGCUGCCCCGAUCAGAUGGUCGAAGAACGCGUUGCGAGAGCACUUGGCCGUAUGGGCCCAUCUAUUCUGUUUUCCGCCCUGACCGAAACCGUUGCAUUUGCCCUCGGCGCUGCGGUAGGCAUGCCUGCCGUGCGUAACUUUGCCGCCUACGCAGCUGGAGCAGUGCUCGUCAAUGCCGUCCUACAAAUGACCAUGUUUGUGUCAUUCCUGUCACUGAAUCAAAUGCGGGUGGAGGACCACCGAUGUGAGCUGUGGCCGUGGUGGCAGAUUAAGAAGGCUAGAAUUCACCUGAACGGCAGCAAUGGCUACGUUGGAGGCGGAAGAGUCUCCGAAAUCGAAGAAGAAAGCUUUUUACAGGUCUUCAUCAAGAAUACAUAUGCGCCUAGUUUAUUGACAAAGAGGGUCAAAAUAGGCGUCGUCACAGUUUUCCUUGGCCUAUUCGCGGCCGCCCUAGCCCUGCUACCUACGAUAGAGAUCGGACUCGACCAGCGAGUAGCUAUUCCCGAUGGAUCAUAUUUGAUCCCCUAUUUCAAUGACUUGUACGACUAUAUGGAAACCGGGCCACCUGUAUACUUUGUCACGCGCAAUGUCGACGCAUCACACAGGAAGGAGCAACAGGAAGUUUGUUCAAGAUUCACUACCUGUCAUGAGCUUUCGCUCACGAAUACGUUGGAACUUGAAAGGCAACGGCCUAACGUAUCAUACAUUUCAUCUCCAACCGCAAGCUGGAUGGACGACUUCUUCCUGUGGCUGAAUCCUAUUUAUGAACAAUGCUGCGUGGAGAACCACAAAACGUGUUUUGCGGGACGAAACCCUGCAUGGAACACCAGCCUCUACGGGAUGCCGGAGGACGAGGAAUUCAUUCGUUACCUCCAUAAGUUUCUCGCCACCCCUGCGGACGACGAUUGUCCCCUAGGAGGCCAGGCAGCCUACGGCGAUGCUGUCGUUAUUUCUGACGACGACAAGAGCGUUAGGGCCAGCCACUUCCGAACGGCACAUACACCGCUUCGCAGUCAGGCCGACUUUAUCAAUGCAUACUCUUCGGCUCGUCGCAUUGCAUCCGAUAUUAGCAGGAGAACUGGGACCGAGGUCUUCCCAUACAGCGUAUUUUACAUCUUCUUUGACCAGUACCUCUCCAUUGUCCCGCUCACUGCCGGUCUGUUAUCUGCCCUGGUUGGCAUUAUCUUCGUCGUGGCCUCUGUGCUUCUGGGAUCCGCCCUCACUUCGGCUGUCCUCACAGUCACCGUAAUCAUGAGUGUGGUUGACAUCAUGGGAGCCAUGGCAGUAUUUGGGGUUUCUCUAAACGCCGUAUCCUUGGUCAAUCUCAUCAUUUGCGUGGGAAUAUCGGUCGAGUUUUGCGCGCACAUUGCACGUGCCUUCAUGUUCCCGUCGAGAACCGUCAUGGAAAGUAACAACACAACUCUCCGUGGGCGCGACGCGAGAUCCUGGACGGCACUCGUCAAUGUAGGGGGGUCUGUCUUCUCUGGCAUUACCGUCACAAAACUUCUAGGGGUCUGCGUGCUGGCAUUUACUCGCUCCAAGAUUUUCGAAAUUUACUAUUUCCGCGUGUGGUUGGCGCUGGUUGUCUUUGCGGCCCUGCAUGCUCUGGUGUUCUUACCGGUUGCGCUGAGCGUGGCAGGCGGAAGCGGUUACGUCGACCCUGAAAGUGAAGGCACGGCAGCUCAGGAUUUGACUGACAGGAGAUGGCGUGCUAUUCGGGUUCACGAUAAUAGUGAUUCCGAAGACGAAGAUUAUUAA